AUGGCGACGCACUACUGGCGAUCAGUUCACAUGCGGGUGCUUCUUCUUCUUCAUUCAAGCUUCCUUCGUCUCUCCCAAAUGGCCAUUACUGCGACGAGCUUCCGCUUCUUCUUCUUCUUCUCAACCACCUUUCAUGGCAUCCUUACCCUUCUUCUAUUCUCCCUAUCACUCCCAAACAACGCUGCAUCGUCUUCCCUCGGCAACGAGACCGAUAUAUCAUCAUUGCUCGACUUCAAAUCACAGAUAUUCGAAGAUCCAGAAGAAGCCUUGGCCUCCUGGAACGACACCCUCCAUUUCUGCAACUGGGCCGGAGUCACAUGCGGCCUCAAGCACCGACGGGUCACCGCUUUGAGUCUCCACGGCCAGAAGCUGGUCGGAACCCUAUCGCCCGCCAUCGGAAACCUCUCUUUUCUUCAGGCCCUCGACCUUUCAGAGAACUCGUUCCGCGGCCAUAUCCCGCCCGAACUCGGCCUCUUGUUCCGUCUCAGAAACCUCAACUUGAGUUUCAACUUCUUGGGCGGUGAAGUUCCGGCCAAUCUUUCCGGCUGCUCCAGCCUGCUGAAUCUCUUGCUAGAUCACAAUUAUCUCAUUGGCCACAUUCCUUCUCAGCUUGGCUUGUUACCUAAUCUUGCCAAGCUAUAUCUCAAAAACAACAAUCUUACAGGAAAUUUUCCGGCUUCCAUUGGAAACCUCACUUCUCUCCGAGAACUCUAUUUGUCAUACAACAAUUUGGAGGGGAAAGUUCCAGAAACAAUUUCCCAAUUAAGGAACUUGACAAUGAUUGGAUUAUCAGUAAACAGUCUGUCUGGUGUUUUUCCCCCCUCGCUUUACAAUCUUUCAUCACUGCAACUUUUGUCUCUGUCAUUCAACAACUUUAGUGGAAAUCUCAGGGAAGAUAUAGGCCUUGCUUUUCCAAACCUCCAGAACCUUUACUUGGCAGAGAAUCACUUCACUGGUUCCAUACCAGUAUCAUUGUGCAAUGCUUCACAGCUCCAACGUCUGGAUCUUCCUAUCAAUGGCUUCACAGGGAAGGUACCCGUGAACUUUGGGAACUUGCAGAAUUUGUGGUGGUUCAAUAUUCUGGAAAACGAUCUCGGAAGCGGCGAACUGCAUGAUUUGGAUUUCUUAAAUUCUCUGACCAAUUGCAGCCAGCUGCAGUUUCUGGACAUUGCAAACAACAGUUUUGGUGGUGUUCUUCCCAGCUCAAUAACCAAUUUGUCUACCCAAAUGACAAUGCUUCUCAUUGGAGGAAACAUAAUUCAGGGAAUUAUACCUGCAGAAAUUGCUAAUCUUGUCAACUUAACCAUACUCAGUAUGCCAGGGAACUUGCUUACAGGCAAAAUUCCAGCAUCUAUAGGGAAUCUAUCGAAUUUGAAACGUUUGCAUUUGGAGUCAAAUCAGCUCACUGGGGAAAUACCAUCUUCCCUUGGCAACAACACUCAAUUGUUGAACAUCUAUCUGCAAAACAACAGCUUAGCGGGCGGGAUUCCUUCAAGUUUAGGCAACUGCAAGGACCUUCAAGUUAUCGAUCUUUCUCAGAAUAAACUCAGUGGGCCCAUUCCCAAACAAAUCCUGUCUCUGCAAUCCCUCUCUGUUCUCCUCAACGUUUCUGGUAACUCGUUGACCGGCCCCUUGCCGGAAGAAGUUGGGAACUUGACAAACCUUGCUACGCUUGAUGUUUCAAACAACAGAUUGUCUGGGCAGAUACCGAGCAGUCUGGGAAGUUGUUUUUCCUUGGAGAUACUUCUUCUGCAAGGCAAUUUUUUUGGAGGGCCCAUUCCAGCUUUAACCGGUUUGAAGAAUAUUCACUACUUAGACCUUUCUCACAACAACCUGUCAGGCCAAAUCCCACAACAAAUUUCCAGGCUCUCCACAUUGUUUUACCUGGAUCUUUCAUUCAACAAUCUUGAGGGUCAAGUCCCUGCCCAAGGCAUCUUCAAAAAUGAGAGUUUGAUUCGGGUCUCUGGCAACGACAACCUUUGUGGGGGGAUUCAAGAUCUGCAUCUGCACCAGUGCCCCGACCAAUCGCGCAAAAAGUCCAGGAACCACAUUGGUUUGAAGCUGAUUCUGGUCUUGGUCAUUCUUGCCGCUUGCUUGGCUUUAAUGGUAUCAAUAUUUUGGUUUUUCUGUACGAGAAAAAUGAAGAACAAGCCCAACUCAACAUCUUCAAUUGACAAGGCGCACCCGAAGGUUUCUUACGAAGAGCUCCUCAAUGCAACUGAUGGGUUCUCUUCCAGGAACUUGAUUGGAUCAGGUAGUUUUGGAACUGUGUAUAGAGGAAUUCUUAAUCAACAAACUGUUGCAAUAAAGGUACUCGACCUGGAGCAAAGAGGCGCUUCCAAGAGCUUUAUUGCUGAAUGCCAAGCCUUGAGAAACAUCAGGCACAGAAACCUUGUCAAGAUUCUCACUGCUUGCUCCAGCAUCGAUUUCAAAGGCAACGAUUUCAAAGCUUUGGUGUAUGAAUUCUGCCCGAAUGGAUGCUUGGAAAAGUGGUUGCACCAAGAAGAGCGAGAAGCACCAGAGAGAAGUUUAAGCAUUCUGCAAAGGUUGAAUAUUGCAAUAGAUGUGGCUUCUUCGUUGGACUAUCUUCAUAACCAGUGCGAUACGCCGGUGGCUCACUGUGAUCUGAAGCCCAGUAAUGUGCUGCUUGAUGAUGAUUUCACUGCUCGUGUGAGCGAUUUUGGCCUGGCCCAGCUACUCUGUAAAUUUAGCAAGGAUGCAACCAUGAAGCAGUUCACCUCGCUUGAGAUUAAGGGAACCAUUGGAUAUGCACCUCCAGAGUACGGCAUGGGAGGAAGGGUGUCAACCGAGGGAGAUGUGUACAGCUACGGCGUUUUGCUGUUAGAGCUUUUCACAGAAAGGAGACCCACAGAUGACUCGUUUAAAGACAACUUGAACCUGCACAACUUCGUCAAAAUGGCGCUGCCCAACCGAGUAACAGAAAUUAUAGACCAUUCAGCCCUGAACAGAGACGACGAAGAAAUAAGCGAGGUUGGAUGUUCAAGUGAAUUGACAAGUGAACUAACUGAGUGCUUGGUUUCUGUUCUCCAAAUUGGAGUCCAAUGCUCAUCGGAUUCGCCACAAGACAGAUUGAACAUGGGACAGGUUGCCAUGAAUUUGCUUUGUAUUCGAGACACGCUUCUUUAAGCUGGAAGGACUUCCGAACAAAAGAAACAGCUGAAGCACAGGUCUACGGAUUUCGCAAACCCAUCUAAAGGCGACGGGGCUGUCUAAUGUUGGCUCAAUAAUGGAAUAUAAGACGGCAAGAGCAAAAUGCUGAAGAUUUGUGAAUGGCUGUACGCACUCGCAAAAAUUCAAUCCCUACUUGUUAGCUUC